UUGUGAGGGAAAAGUUAUACAACCGAGAGAGUCUGCUUUGGAUUCUUCUUUCUCUGUCUUUGAUUCCAAUCCUCGGCUAAUUGUGUGAUUCUCUCAACUUCUGGGAAUUUCUGUUUUUCCCUCGAUUGGUUGGGUCUAGGUGCGCUUCCCUUCCAAUCGAUUCAAUUUAUUACCAUGGCUACGAUCGGGCACAACAAUCUCAACGCCAAAUUGGUUCUCCUAGGUGAUAUGGGUGCCGGAAAGUCCAGCCUGGUUUUGCGAUUUGUCAAGGGUCAAUUUCUUGAAUUCCAGGAAUCAACAAUAGGGGCAGCCUUCUUUUCACAGACAUUGGCGGUUAAUGAUGCAACUGUUAAAUUUGAAAUUUGGGACACUGCUGGACAGGAGAGGUACCACAGCUUGGCUCCUAUGUAUUACAGAGGCGCUGCUGCUGCCAUCAUUGUCUAUGAUAUUACCAGCGCAGAUUCAUUUACACGUGCAAGGAAGUGGGUCCAAGAACUUCAAAAACAAGGGAACCCUAAUAUGGUUAUGGCUCUUGCUGGUAACAAAGCUGACCUGGAAGAUAAGAGGCAAGUGACAGCUGAAGAGGCCCGUGUAUAUGCUGAGGAAAAUGGUCUCUUUUUCAUGGAGACCUCUGCCAAAACUGCAGCCAAUGUAAAUGAUAUAUUUUAUGAAAUAGCCAAGAGAUUGCCGAGGGCUCAGCCUGCUCAAAAUCCGGCAGGGAUGGUUCUUGUGGACAGACACCCAGAAGGAUCAAGAGCUUCAUCGUCAUGUUGUUCGUGAGUCGUGCGAUUUGCGUCCUCGUCGUCCCCGGGCAAAUUAAACACGCGUGCUUGAUGUGGUUGGUCUUUGGUGGUGGUACUGUUAUUUGGAGCUCUCUAUCAAAGAGAAAAUUGCAACUAACACAUGCGCCGAUGCUCUAUCCUAUCAUGCUCUCUCCACACACUUUUGUCUCCAUCUCAUGUGCUCCAGGAGUCAGGAGCCGCCUACCUACUAACCUCCAACUUAUUUUGUAAUUUCCUUGCUGUUUACCUUUUGUUAUUAAAAACAGAAAAAAGUGAAACUUUAUGAAGCAGGAUAUAAGCUGGGAUAUGCGGUGGGUGCCGUUGGUUGAACAGUAUCUUGAGGGAAAUUAUGCGUUGAUGUUUAAGCUUCCUCGCAUAGUCUUAACAACGUCGGUUAGCUUCUUCGUACCCAACACCAUUUCUCUUAUUGUUGCCCAAACCUUCAUAUGUUUCAUUUAUUUUAAAA